AUGCGUGCAAUGCGGGGCGCACCCGCUCCGUCCCCGGUUCGGACACGUCAAACCGAGAUGGUCGCGGAUGCAAGCCAGGGGGUGGAAGAGCAUCACGAAGAGGAAGAGCGGAGAGCAGCAUCCAAACCGGUCGCGGACGGCGAUGCGAGCGACGUCAGCAGCAACGAUGAAGGGUUUGACACGCUGAUGGAGAUGUACAUCUUUUUCAGGGACGCGGACCUUUCCAGACGAGAGGUGAACAGGCUCCUGACCAUUUUCAGCAACCCAAGGUUCUCGUGUUUCCUGGAGAGGUGGAAUUUCGCGGAGACGGAGUGGGGGAAUGUCUUUUUGGCGUGCGUGGCGGACAUAUUGCACGUGCUGGACGGCGGGAUGUUGGGGCACCUCACUGACAUCUUCAUCAAGGGGAAAAGCAAGCCAGAGUGGCGUGAGUUUGAAAGGUGCAAGAAGGGGCAGAAGAAGGACACGAGGACAACGGUUGUCCGCAUCCCCGGCGGGGCAUCCUGGUUCAGGACACGGGCAAACUAUGCCGCGUUCGAGAACCGCGGGAUGAUGCAAGUGAUGCCCAUUCUCAUCGCGGACAACAUGGACGGCUGCAAGCCGGCGGAGGUGGAGCAGCGGACGAAGGAGGUACGGGCGUUUAGAAAGUACGCAAUGUUCUACAAGGCACUGCAAUGUCUCAUGCGGGUGGGUGGGUGCGUGCUGAACGGUACUGCGUGCAGGAUGAUGGACGCAAUCGGGGACGCUUUUCCGGAUCAGAAGUCCUCGUGGAACUUUCCGAAGGUGCACCAGAUUGUGCACCUCAUUGAUGCCAUUCCCCUCCGUGGGAUGCCGUGGGAGUACUCCACCAACCUUUGGGAGCACACGCACAAGGGAACGGUGAAGAACCUGGUCCGGGGCAGCAACUGGAAGGACAUUCUACGGCGCAUCGUGGAAGAAGAGGUGCAGCGAGAGAUCACACGGGAGGUGGCCGCUAUGGGGCGACAGUACGUAACGGCAUUGCGCGAGACUGCCCGUCUUCAAGGGCACGUGCUGACGUGGCGGUCGCGAUGUGCCAAUGUGAGGAACGAAGAGGACCCUGUUCUGUGGGUGUAUCGUGAGGCUCUUGGUUCGGACAUGGAUGGGCUUGGACAAUGUCUCCAUGAGGCCGGGGUGAACACACCGGACAUCAAGGUGCACACGGCGCUGGCCAUUUCGAGAACACGUGGAGGGGAGCUAGUGCCCAAGGGCACGUUUCUAUCUCCUGAGAGGGUGGACACCCGGUACGCUGUGGUGGAUGUGGAGUGCAUCAAGCGGGUGGUGCACAUUUGCAAGUUGUACGUGAGCAAGAAGGUGCUGCUGCUCAACAAGUUCCUCCUGUGCGAGUAG